AUGUGUGAUAUCCAUUGUAGAUGUCAUGCAUUAUAUAUAUACAUAUAUCGAGUAGAUAUAUUUUUAUUUUUAAACGCACACAUAAAUGUAUUUUCUUUUGUAAGUUCACAUAUUCAUCAAAAAAAUAAUAAUUUACCUGUGAUAAAAAUGUUAAACAGUACAAAUUCAUUUGUUACAUUUGGAAUAAUAAUAUUUAUUAUUAAUUAUGCAAAAUCACACUGUGUUGAACAGACAGCAUGUACUUGUUUGCGUGAUGACAAAAGAGGUUAUGAUUUGAGACCAUUGGCAGAUCAAGGUCCAUUUCAUAAUAAAAAAAAUAAUUUCACCUUUCAACCAUGCAAGAAUGUAGAUUUGACAUUCAAAAACUCGAAUGACAGCGACUGUCAAGUAUCAUCAAUUUGUUUGCUGAGUGGAUCAAAUCGGUCAAUAAGCUUGGGUAAAGCUGAAGAUUCAAUAUGGUCAUCUCCAUUGAACAAUAAAAAUGGUGUGCACUUGGUAUUCCACCACGAGAAUUAUAUGACUAAAAUUAAAUUAGAAUGUUGCCAUGGUUGUGUGACGACGUUGGUAGAUCAAAAUUCUACUGAUACAGAAUAUAACUUGACGUUGAUAUCAGAGAGUAACUGUCUAGUAACUAUGAGAAGAGGACUUUCAACAGGAUCUAUAUUAGUUAUUCUUUUGUUUGUUUUCACCGGAAUUUACUUUGCUAGCGGUGCUCUAGCAUUAAGAUUUUUACGAGGCGCUGUUGGAUUGGAAUUAAUUCCUAAUUAUGAAUUUUGGUCUGAUCUUCCUGGACUUGUUAGGGACGGAGUGACAUUUACACUUAGCGGUUGUUCGCCGGUAAGUUACGAAAGAAUAUAA